AUGAGCAUAGAUCCAGAUGAUUCAGAAUAUUAUGAGAUUUUUGUAUCUAGUGUGAGAAAUAACAUGAGAGAUAAUUAUUUAUUAUUUAUUUUAAGAAGUAAAGCAAAUCGUAAUAAUUCAUCGAUUAAAUGCCGAAUAUCUGAGACACAUUUAUUUAGUUUAUUAAAAUUAAUGAAAACAAUACUAUAUUCACAAACAUUUGAUCAAAAACAACGAAAACAAAAUCAAAUUGAUAUUAUUUUGUUAUGUGCAUUAUUAGAUUUAACAUAUUAUACAGGAGAAUUUUUACAUAUUUUAUUUAAAAUAACUGAAGCAUCACCAUUUCAAACAAAUCAGCAACAACAAAAAGAUAAAGAUACAUCUUGUGAUGAAUCAAGUUUUCUUUCCUCAAUUUUACAAAAACAUAAUGAAUAUUCAAUUGAGUGUAAAACGGAUUUUACAUUGCAUGCUUCGCAAAUACUUAUUCUAACGAAUUCAUAUUCAAAUAAAAUUAUUUUAAUUGAUUUGGCAAAACUACAAAUGAAUACAUAUUCAAUGAAAAUUCAUUUUUAUCAAAUUCUAAAAAUUGAUAAUACUCAACAAGAAGAAGGACAAAUUGGAACUAAACAUAUAAAAUCAUCAAAAUGUAUUACUAAAAAACAAGAUUUUCAAAAAGAUGCAAAUGUGUAUGCAAAAUUUGGUCUUUACAACAAUUAUAUAACUCAAGAUGAAGACUCUAACUUUCUUUAUUUAAUAAUUCAAUUAAUUGAAAUAAAUUUUGAUUUAUUAUCAAAUUCAACAUUUAUUAUUAAAUACUGUUCGAAAAAAACAAGUUCAAGUAUUAUUAACAGGCAUUUUAAUGUUCAACAAAAUACAUUAAUAUCUGGACAUCCAAAACAAAUUAUUAAUGUAUUUAAUAAUUUAACUUAUUUUAUGAAAAUAUCAUCAUUUAUUUAUUUUCCAUUAAAUUUAUCCAAACAUUCCGUUUCAUCUAACAUAAAAAUCCAUACGAAUGAUGAACCAUGUCUAAUAGCUUUUUGUGAACGACUUUGCUUUGAAAUGACAACUGAUCUUGAUGAAACAAGAUUACAAGUAUUUUUUCUAUCAAUUAAUGUUUAUGUCGAAGAUUCGAUUGUUGUAAGUAUAUUUAAAAAUUGA